UACCCACAGCCAGUGAGCAGUGAGGAAGACCGAAGAGAGCUAUCAGUCUCUUGGACACCUUCAUUUUCUGCCCGGUACGUUUAUCCUCCGCUAUUGUCUGGGCUCCACUUCCGAUCCCCAGUUGCUACCAGCAGUAGUCCAACCUAUUGAGGCUGGGGCUAGUGCCGGCCUCCCGCAGCUACCUCCGCCUCUUCCCGUUUCCUCUGCGCCUGCGCGACCGGAAAAUUCGCGAAGGUUCCUGAAAUGCAACAGAUCGUUUCCGGAAGCCGGUAGCCGCCUCAGUCGUCAGACCGGUGCUAGCGACCCGGGAGUGGCUAACGCAUCCUCUCGCCGUUCCCGGUGCUUGGCCCUUGCCUGUGACAGUGGGAAAAGAAAAUGGCCUUGCUGUGCUACAACCGGGGCUGCGGUCAGCGCUUCGAUCCCGAGACCAAUUCCGACGAUGCUUGCACAUACCACCCAGGUGUUCCAGUCUUUCACGAUGCAUUAAAGGGUUGGUCUUGCUGUAAGAGAAGAACAACUGAUUUUUCUGAUUUCUUAAGCAUUGUAGGCUGUACAAAAGGUAGACAUAAUAGUGAGAAGCCACCUGAGCCAGUCAAACCUGAAGUCAAGACUACUGAGAAGAAGGAACUAUCUGAAUUAAAACCUAAAUUUCAGGAACACAUCAUUCAAGCCCCUAAGCCAGUAGAAGCAAUAAAAAGACCAAGCCCAGAUGAACCAAUGACAAAUUUGGAAUUAAAAAUAUCUGCCUCCCUAAAACAAGCACUUGAUAAACUUAAACUGUCAUCAGGGAAUGAAGAAGAUAAAAAAGAAGAAGACAAUGAUGAAAUUAAGAUUGGGACCUCAUGUAAGAAUGGAGGGUGUUCAAAGACAUAUCGGGGUCUAGAGAGUCUAGAAGAAGUCUGUGUAUAUCAUUCUGGAGUACCUAUUUUCCAUGAGGGGAUGAAAUACUGGAGCUGUUGUAGAAGAAAAACUUCUGAUUUUAAUACAUUCUUAGCCCAAGAGGGCUGUACAAAAGGGAAACACAUGUGGACUAAAAAAGAUGCUGGGAAAAAAGUUGUUCCAUGUAGACAUGACUGGCAUCAGACUGGAGGUGAAGUUACCAUUUCAGUAUAUGCUAAAAAUUCACUUCCAGAACUUAGUCGAGUAGAAGCAAAUAGCACAUUGUUAAAUGUGCACAUUGUAUUUGAAGGAGAGAAGGAAUUUGAUCAAAAUGUGAAAUUAUGGGGUGUGAUUGAUGUAAAGCGAAGUUAUGUAACUAUGACUGCAACAAAGAUUGAAAUCACUAUGAGAAAAGCUGAACCAAUGCAGUGGGCAAGCCUUGAACUGCCUGCAGCUAAAAAGCAGGAAGAACAAAAAGACGACACAACAGAUUGAGUGGGAGAUGGGAGGAAGGCUAUUAGAUAUUUCAGAAUUCUUAAUACUGUGUGAAGUGGUGGCUUGCUGCUGUAAUCUUUUGUUUUGUUGUUGUGUUACUGAAUGUGGCAUUUCAGGGUUAACAUUAAGUUCUCAAAAGCCAAAGUCAGUUUGUCUUUUUGUGCCUCUCAUCAUUCUUUUGUGUUAUGUAAGAUUGAUUGAUUAUUCAUUUCUCCUUACUGGUAGGAACCAUAGUUGUGUCCUAUACUUGAAGAGGCUGGAAAAUAGCCCCUAACCAUAAUUGCAGUAUUUCUUUGUAUUUCUCUGUUAAGCAAAGAAAUAUUAAGGAACAUUUUUUUUAUGUCUUCGUAUUAUUCCAUAAUUAGUAAAGCAAGAUGAAAUACCAAAUUUCAAUCAGUUUUUUCAUGGAUUUGUGUUCUUACAGUACUUGAAAAUAUUUAAGGAAGACAUGAAGCUCUGCAGUUUUUUUCUAUGUGGGAUGAUUACUUUUUUAAGGAGGAUUAAUUCUGAGGUAGUAUAGUAAAUAAAGGGGAAUAUGUGAAUUGUUUAACAAAUUUAGAGUUUGUUUACAACUACUUGAAUUUUUAAAUUAUGUCAAAACUUACAUUACUUGCCAAGCAGUAUGAUGUAAGAGUAUAGGAAAUAUAAAUAAGAAUACAGAGAUACCAAUUUGGUUACAAUUCACCAUUUUAUAAGACUAAGCAAUAAUCUUAAAAACCUCUUUCCUGAAUAUUUAAAUGUGUUUGUAUGGUGUUAUGACUGAUUGUUACUGAUUUAGAGACUAAGCCCUCUUAAAACUUUUAGUUAAAUAUAAAAAGAAAUUAUAUAUACCUUGCCUCCCUGAUGGAAAACUAUAUAAAAUUGUAGACUUAAAAGGUUUGUGGAAAUACAUUAGGAUAUCAGAAAACUAAAUAUAUGGAGUCGCUUUAUGACUAUUACAUGUUAAAUAAAAUAGCUUAAUUCUUUUGGAGUUUUUUUUUAAGUCAUGAAGAGCUUCACAAUUCUAGUGAUACAGUGUUGAUUAUAUAUUGUACUUUAUUUAUAUUAAAUAUAGGUAACACAGAAUUAGAUCGUUUGGAUACGUUUGAGGCAGUGCAGAGCUCAAGAAGAAAAAUUAGGAAAUAUUCUGAAGGCCAGAACUCUGGAAGAACUUAGAAAGUUUGGGAAUAAAUUAAACUUAUGUAGAUUUAAAAUUAUAGGGGGUUUAUUUCCCAGACCCCUUGAAUCUUUUCUUUUCCUUGGUAUUUAUGGAAUUCUUACAAAGAAAAAUUUGUAGAAGUACUAUAUUCGUUAAAGCAUAUAUUUCAUUCUACUACCAAUAGCAAAUAACUUAGAUGUAGUUAAUAUAAUUGUUAAAAGGUUUAGCUCUGUUACAAAUAAAAACAAAAAGAUCUGGCAACCAGACUUUCAUGACAUUACACUACCAUGGCAAGAAAUCUGGGCAGUAAAAGUUGGACCCACAUGGAGUACAUAAGCAUCUAAUACCUUGAGAUGUAUUUAAAAUUUUUCAAGUUAUCUUCCAUGAUUUAGGAACCAUUUAGAGACAUAAAGUCUUUAUGGGUUAGGGGAAAGGUUGAUACUUAGUUUGAUUAAAAGCAAUGAUUAAUAUGCCUUUUUGUUAAUACUUCUUUCUGAGGCUGUUUUCCCCUAAACAGUAUCUUAAUCUUUACAUGUAAUUGAAAUAUUAUUUAAAGCAGUGAGUUACUGUAACCUCAGAUUAGUUGCAUUGAUCAAAACAUUGAUUUAUACACACACACACACAUACACACAUGGCUUUUAUAUUUAGUCUGGUUGCAUUAGUGACCAUGGUAUUUCAUUUCUUUCUUCUUAAGGAGCCUUUGAAUUUCUUGUCCAGAUAAAAAUCUGAAUGAUAUUUAUCUUAGACUUAAAGGGACACAGUUGUAUCAUUAGGUAGCAUAUGUUUUACUCUCAGUUUGUCAAAAAAGUUAAUAAAAAAUGCUUGUUGAUUUGUUUCUCUAGAAAUUUGCUUUGUCUUUUUUAGCAUUAAAAAUAAUUACUGUAGCAAAGCAGUCAAAGUUAGGUGUAUUAUAUGUGUACUUGGUGACUAAACAUGGGAAACCUAAAAUGCUAUUUUUCUUUCAUAGCACAUUUACUAGUAUAAAGGAAGUAAGGUCCUAAUAAAUUGAGCCUUUUUUUAACCUCUUACUUUGACCUAGUUUUAGGUUUACAGAAAAGUUGUAAAAAUAUAAUACAGGAGUUCUUUAUAUCUUAUAUUAAUCUUAAUGUUAUAAUCUGCGUUAUCAUAGAACAUUUAUAAAACUUAAGAAAUUAACCUUUGUAUAAUACUAUUAAAUAAAGUAGAAUAUUUUUACCAUCUGUUUUUAGUGGAACUCUUCAAGGUCUUAAGACUUGUCCUUUUUGGUAAUAAUUUAAGCCAGUAAUUUAUAAACAAUUAAGAUACGAUUAGGAAUCAACAAAUGUUUAUAGGUUGAAGAUGUAACUUCUUGGUUUAACUAUACUGGCAAAGGACUGUAAUGAUUUUACUUUAUUCUAAUUUAUAUUUUUUACAAGGAUUUAAUUAAGAAUUUUCUUCAGAAAAUUAUUCAACCAUCAAAGUGAAGAGAAACUUUAAAGAGUUCUUGCAAAUAUUUUAAAGGAACUUUGAGUUAUUUCCUCUCUUCAAACUCCCUAUUUUUUUUUUAAUCAGUUAUUCCUCAGCCUGAAAAUUUAUGUCAUGUAUAUACUCACAGUAAGUAAAUUCUUAAAAGCUCAUUUAUGAGGGCUGGUGUCCCUUUUAGGAUAUAUGAGUAUGUACUCUGUAAAUUCUUUUUUUUAGCAGUCAGGUACUUUUAAAUUAUCUAUUUGAACAUGAACAGGUUUUUUUGUUCCUCUUUUAAUUGAAAAUUAUUUUGAUCUGGCAUUUGUGUUUGGUAUUUACUUUGUUUUUGCCAGUACCAUUCUAUGGCCUUAGUUUUGAAAUGCAAGCUAUUAAGUCCAGCUUGUUUUUAGGUUUUGUUAAUAGGUUUUUCUAUUUCAUUUAUUUUGAUUAUUUGAUAGAUAGGGUUUUGGUGGUGGUGUUCAUUAUCCCUGACUGCGUCCCUACUGCCCAGGUAUCUUAAAACUUAAUCUGGUGGUGUUGGAUGGCUUGCCUUCUUUAGUUAUGUAUAUGCCUGUGGCUUUAUACGUAUGGCACUGUCUCUAAAAUAACAGGUUAUAUUAUUUAAUCAAAAAAGUUAAAAUCAAACAAUAUGCAGAAGAAAAUUCGCAUAGGUUUUCUUCUGCAUAUUUGAUUUUAACUUUUUAACAGAAUUCUUCAUUGUGAAGACUAUCUUUAAGAACAGUUUUUCUGAAGACCAUGUUUUCACUAAAAACUCAAUGACGUUUCUUAGUUUUUCCAUUUAGUGCACCACCUUUAAUGUCCGUUGAAAAGAAAUGUAACUUCCAGCCUUAAACAUUUUUAUGUUGCUUAAAGAUUAUGUGUCAAAAUAAUUCAAUUUGCCAUUCCUUUUUGAUUUGGCAGAGACGUUGUUUAAAUGUUUAAAUUCUUUUUUGAAGCCUUCGCUAAUAAAAGUAAGAUUAGUGAUUGAGUCUGGAAAAGGGAAACCUUCCUGAACUUGAGGCACUUUCCCCUCCUUCAUUAAAGAGGUUAGAUUGGUGUAUUAAUAUUUUUUUAACACCCUGAUCCUUUUCUUCAUUUUGCUUAUUUCAUUUUCCAGUUUCAUAUGUAUUCAGAUUUUAUUUUUAUGAUUAACUUGUUAAUCUUCCUUACCACCCUAUGAGGUAGAUUCUGUUAUUCUUAUAUUACAGAUGAGGAAACUGACUUAUGACAUUGGUUAAGUAGCUUACCCAGAGUUCAAACUAAUGUGUUGUGGUAUAAAGAUUUCAAACUCACGUAGCCUGACUCUGUGUUGUUCCCUGCUCUUAACCACUAUUCUGUGCUGCUUUUGUCAGUUGAGUGAAUAGGCUUUAUAUAAAAUGGGCAUAUAGCAUGGAAAACUCUUAAUGUGUUUGGUAACCAGGAACAAAUUUUAUGUUGUGUUAAGUUAUAAAAUUAUGUAGUCAUUUUGCCUGGAUGGUUUUGGAUAUAAUAGCCAAUUCAUUGCUUGUGAUUUGAUGACUCUUAGGGUCUCUAGUUUUUCUUAACAGCCUCCAAAGAAGUUUCAGAAUCCUUACUGCAAAAAGCACAAAAGUUUUCAUUGCCAUUUUGAUAGUGAUAUGUAGCUUGUAAAUAGUAAUUCUUACCUCUGUGUUAGAUAAAACAUGCAAUAAAACAGCAUCAAAUUUAGCUUUGAUAGAAGGGAACGAUUAGAGUUGGUGUAGAGGCAGACCAGUUUAAGAUGAGGGCAUGAAAUACAGCAGAAGCAGUAGGAAGAGAAGAGAGAAAGGAAUUAGGGUCUAGAUGAAAAUUUAGGAUAAUUCCUAGGUUUGGGAAUGGAGGGAGAGCUUAAACAAGAUAGAGAAUAUAGACACAGGUUUUGGAGGAAAUGAUUUUCUCAAGGGACUGCUGAGUCCAAGGAAUGUUUACAAAUCCUCAUGAAGUGUUCCAGGCUAUUGGUAAGAUACGAGGUUCACAGGCCUUAUCUGGCUGUCAGGAUUUAGAAUCAUAAUAGGCAGUAAUGUAAAUUCACUAACUGACUUUGAGGAUGCAACAUUGAUAGCACUCUGAACUUUGAGGGCAUCUUGUUUUCAUUGAAAAAACUGGUAAUCCCUGCUUUGGAGUAUACAAGCAUAGGAAUAAGUAAAUCCAAUAAAGGAAUAUUUAGGCUCACCUGCUAAAUAUUCAGUGUGCCACCCAAACCAUCUGUUAUGGGUCCCCUUAUGAAAACCUUCUUUUUCCAGAAUGGGCAAGGAAGGCUGGAUGGGCAAAAGGAAAAUAAAUUUACCACAGACCCUUGAUUCUGUUAGUAUCAAUGAUAAAACAUGAUUGAUAAAACUAGGCAUGAUACAUUGUUAAGGUACAGAAAAAUGUAGAAAUUGUCUGUGUCAAGAAAAUCCACAAGUUUUAAAUGGUUCUUUAGGCUGACAGUAAUAAAUGGGAUCACUAUAAUUUUAUGUAAAACCUUAAAAGGUUUCCUACUAAAGAAAGCUGAAUUCAGUAACAAAUUGAGCCCUGACUACUCAGUUCAUAUUAGAGAUCAACUUAGACUAUUUUUGAUGCCUUAAAGAUUGCUUCAAGUCCCCUUUCUACCAUACCCCCAGUAAAGCUACUUAAAAUCAUCUGUAGGAAAGAGCUGAAUAAUUGGGGGCAGAGAUGGAGAACAAAUUUAAGGGAACAGAAAGCCAUUGGGAAGACAAAGCCAGAAACUGAAGAUAAUUUUAAAACCUUCAGGGAAAGUAGGUGUCUAAUCACAGGACUUAAUUCACUUGAACAGAAAUUUGUAAUUUAGCCAUAGGAAUUAGGAAGUAUUAGUUAUAAGAGGUAACUUGAAGCUGUGGAUAUAACGAUAGCUUUUGUUGUUGCGUAAUUACAAUGUGCCAAACACUUUGCUAAGCGCUUAUGAUAGCUUUUCUCUUCAGAACAUCACCAUGAUUAUUUACAAUAUAACCUGUAUUUUACAGAUGGAGAAACAUAGGCAAAGGAAAGGUGGAUAACUUGCCUCUGGGGUUACAUCGAUAGCAAAUGUUGAAAUUUAGUUUAAAAAUUAGAAAUUGAUUCCAAAGUCCUUACACUCUUAAGCAUGACACUGAAGAUACCUAAGUCACCACACAAAAUCCAGAAUGUAAACGGCCCUUUGCUUAUUAUUAGUGCUUAUUCCUUUAUUUCCUAAUACUAGUUAAAUAACUAAAUUACCAUGAGAAGAUAAUGUGCUUUCAGUUUUCGCAGUAGUCAGUUGAGCCAUUGAUUUUCUUACUAAGAACCUCUAAAGGUCCAAUGGGCAGUUGACAAAAAUUAGUGAUGAUUCUGGAGCUGUAGGACUGAGUCAAAGUAAAAGGCCCAUGGCGGUAAAUUUGUCCCUUGCAGGCAGUUUGUUCUAAAUGCUUGUGCAUAGAAAUAACCUUAGCCUUAUUAUCAUCUGGACUCUGAGCAAUUUUUACAUCUUGGUAUUCUUAGAUGUGGAUUAUUAAAAGGCCACAAACGAAGGCAGCUAACAUAAGACACUGUGGGAGUGAGAGAAUUCAUUAAAAUCAAGUAUUAGUGUAUUAGGCACACAUUCACUCAUUUCAAUUAUGUAAAGCUAGCUGGGUUCUCAGUUUUCGCAAGUUAGGGAAGAUAUCCUAUCACAUUACAGGAGAAAGAAAAUCUAAAAGUUUUUGAAGUUUUAAUGGAUUUAACCACUUGUAAAAUGUUAUAAAUUGUAGGACACUUCUCCGAAAGAGAUCCUCUAGCAUACAUGGAUGGUCUGCUUUUCAUAUUUAUGAUUUAGCAGGAAAUUCUGAGUUCAUUUGAAGUUAGACUUUUUAGUAGUUUUUCCCCUCCCAAUGAAUUGUUCUGAGUUGAUAGGUGUAAAAUGUAUAGAUUUUAUUGAAAAUAAGAUAAAAGUUUGUAAGCAUCUUUAAUAUUAUAGCAAUUCCAUUGCUUAAUUAUUUUGUUUUAUUCAGCACCCAGGUCACUUCCUGUGUGCUGGAGAUAAUUAAACAGACUGCGCUUCCAAGAAAGGAUACAACAAGGAAAAUAAGAGGUUGUUAAAUAAAAAUUAUGCCAAAGAUAAGCCUGUAGAAAGUUUCUGUGGUGCAUAUUUGGUAGAUUUUUAUGGAUGGAUUUCGUGAAGGAUAAAUAGUAGAGUCCUGACGGGGAAAAAAAAAGGACAGGUGGCGGCCAAAUACAAGAGAGGAGAAGGGAGAAAGAAUAGGGUAUGAAGAAGCCUGGCGUUGAGAGGUGAUACUGGCCUGUUCAGAAAACUUAUUUGCCUAGCCCCUAAGCUCUAGUCUCACUCAGCAUUGGGUUUGGGGCUCCUCUAGAUUCUAGUACAUCAUGAUAGAUCAUGUAGUAAAAGUCCUGCUGAUUUUCCCCAAUAAAGUGCUUUAGUCCACACCAAGCCUGAUCUUUAGUCCAUGCCUAGAAUUGGCAAAUGCUCCCAGGAAAAAAAAAACAGUUGGUAGUCUCAGCUAGCUAGAUAGACUCAAAGACUUUUAGUACAUCUAGUGUUAAAUGCUUCCACAGCUCUUUGAUAUCUCUAGUGUAUUUUGCAUUUGAUCCAUUUUUUUCCUAGUUACUGAACCUGGGAGCCAUUGCCAGUACUACCACAUCAUUUUGGUAAUGGAGGUCCCCAUGGAAGGAAUUUUUCAUAGCACAUAGCAUGAUGACGUUUAGUUAGAUACUCUGGCUAGGAUUGUAUAACUGUGAUACAAAGGGGGAAAGGAAGUGAGAUGAUGUAAAAGGAAGUUUUGCAUCAUUUACUUGAAAGAUACUGUUCUGAAUUUAAUCACAUUGGGGAUUGGAAAAAGUAGACGAAUAAAAGUUGUUAAAAAGAGAAAAAAGAUCAAUGAGUUCAUAAAGUUAAAAAGCAAUUACAAGAAAAAGACAAAUCUAAUACAGUACCGUAAUUAUUUCAAAGGUUACUAUUUUACCCUAAAUUCAUUUCUGUACUUUCAAGGAUCGAUUGAUAUUUUUGAAAUUCUGAACUAAAUGGAAAUAUUAAGAUGGCUCAUGUGUGCAUAUAUAAAUGAGUGUUAUUUGUAUCCUCAGAAUAAUAAAUUUCAAGGGUAUAAAAUAGAAUUACUAUUUGUGAACCGUAUUGAAUCCCAGAACUCUGUACUUUUUGUCUGUUCAAAAUGAAAACAGUAGUUUUUAUUAUAUUAUUUUACCCCUUAUAAAAGGGAAUAUACUCUGAUGUAAAAAAUUUUAGCAAUUCAGUACAGAGUACAAGUCACAUAAAAGUCUACCACCGAAAUGCAAGCACUGUUGAUAUUUUGUUUGAUAUUCAUAUAUUUAGUUUUAUCAAUUUUUUAAACCAGUGUUAAGUCAUGGACAACUUACCAUAUACAUGAAAAAUGUAUAUAUAAUCAUUUUAUGUUCAUUUUUAUACUAUAAUCAACUCUCCAUUGAUAUUUAGCUUGUGACUUUUUUUUACUAUUUUUUACUUUGAUAAAAAAUGCUGUAGUAAACACUGUUGUGUCACAUACAUUGUCAUUCUGUCCAGUUUUCUCUGUAGAAACCAAUUUUUAGAAUUUCUUGGUUAAAGUAUAUACAUAUAUUUCACAUGCUUUUUGCUUACUAGUUUUUAUAUUAGACAACUUCUGAUUAAACACAUUUAGGUUAAAUGAUUAAAAGUAUGGCAUAAUAA